AUGCCAAGCGCGACAACACCCUCGCCGCCCCCGGGCGGCCCGGACACGACCCUCCACCUCCCGCGCAUCCUCUGCCUCCACGGCGGCGGCGUCAACGCCGCCGUCUUCCGGGUGCAGUGCCGCGCCCUCAUCGCCCGCCUCAAGCACCACUUCCGCCUCGUCUUCGUCGACGGGCCCUUCGUCUGCGCCCCGCACGAGUCCAUCGUCUCCGUCUACGGCGACUACGGGCCCUUCCGCCGCUGGCUCCGCUGGCUGCCCGAGCACCAGCCCGUCGUCGACGCCGAGACCGCCUCCGCCGAGAUCCACUUCCAGCUGCGCAUGGCCAUGGACGACGACGACGCCCUCGGCGCCACCGGCGACUGGGUCGGCCUGCUGGGCUUCAGCCAGGGCGCCAAGAUCAGCGCGAGCCUCAUGUACACGCAGCAGAUGCUGCGGCGCAAGUAUGGCCGGCGCAUCGCGAGCGCGGGCGGCAGCGCGGACUGGAAGUUCGGCGUGCUGCUGGCCGGCCGCGCGCCGCUGAUUGUCCUGGAUGACAGGAUAGACGCGCCGCAGGGCGUCGGGGACGCGGCGGAGGCGAGCGUGGUCUUUGACGACUGGCCGAACGGCAGCGGGACGGAGCACCUCCUGCGCCUGCCGACGAUCCACGUCCACGGGACCAAGGACCCGGGGCUGGAGCAGCACCGGAGGCUGCUGAAGGAGUACUGCGAGCCCGGGACGACGAGGCUGGUCGAGUGGGAGGGGAACCACCGCGUCGUCAUCAAGACGGUCGACGUCGACGCCGUGGCGAGGCAGAUCCUGGAGCUCGGGGCGCAGUUGGGGCUCGUCGAGAACAUUGCAUAG